AUGAAUGAUUCAUCGAUUAAUCCUCUGUUACUUACCUCGUCUGCCCAUUUGGAAAAUGUUGAACAACUUAUAAAAAAUCUUGAAAAACAUACAUUAGAUUUAGAUAAUUUCGAUGAAAUCUUAAGUGAUCGUAAUCGACAAGAACUUAUAACAAAGUCAUUUUCAGUUGUUACAUCGAAUACAAUGGCUAUGGAUGAUACACCCGAUGAUAAUUUUCUUAUUAAAAGUAUUUCAUUGCAAAAUACUGGUUUUAACGAUGAAAAUGUAUCUAUGGAUAGUCUUUUUAAUCAACGUGAUCUAUUUGAAAAUGAUGAUACGAAAAAACAACAGACACCACCAGUCAAUGAUCAAAGUAUUUACAAUGAUCAAGAAGUUGGUUUUACAUGGGACGAUCAAUAUGAUACACGAGCUAAUUAUCGUUUAACAUUUAGCACUGAUAAACAACAGCAAAACGAUUCGAAGACAGGUAAACCUCAUAAACAUAAGCAACAUCAUCGACAUCAUCAUCAUCAUCAUCAUCAUCACCAUCAUCAUCAACAACAAACUCCUGAAAAUCGAACAACAGAUUCUCAGUCAAGCUCAACCUAUUCUGAUGAUGGUGUUACUCCAAAUGCAGCCAAUAAUAUGAAUGAUUGGUCGAUGCGUUCAUCAUUCAAUACAUUAGAUCAGUCUGUUGAAAUUCGAACUAAUAAAACACCAGUACCUGCAACAAGAGAUCAAGCAGUAACUUUUGUUCGUUCGCAAUCUCAUCCAUCAUCAUUCUCUCCCCAACAACAAUUAGUUAAUAAUACCAAUAAUAAUAAUAAUAAUAAUAAUAAUAAUAAUACUUCUUCCCCAAAUUCUUCAACAACAUCGUCUUCGUCAUCAGCAUCAUGGAGACGUAUGAAAGAGAGUCAACGAACAACACCAAGCAUUGAACCUAAAGAAACUCGACCACCAUCUCCAUUGAGUCUUUAUAAAAUCUUUCAACAAAAAUCACAAAUGGCUGCAUCAUCUUCGCCACGUAGUGCAUUUCAAUAUUAUCGACAACAAAAUGACUCAAUAGUUCCGACGAAUACUGAUAGCAUGACAAUAUCAGGUGAAAAAAUGUUAACAGAAAAAUCCAAAGGAUCCUAUCCAAAAAAGCACACUCAAAUUGAAAGGUCAUCAUCACAAACAAAUUCUGGUACUGAUCAAGCCAUACAAACAUCUAUUUCAGUAGAUUCUUCAUCAAACAGUCAAAUGAACAGUCGUUUUCAACCUACACCAACUAUGAACUAUCUCCAAACACAUACUGGUCUAAAUUCACCUCAUCAUCUUGCUGUUCCUUCGCGUCCAUCAACUGCGCCGAUUUCAUCAUCGGCUAUUCAUAAAUCUCUGCCUGAUCUUGCCUUUAUUUCUCAAUACUCAAAAGAAUUACCUCGAUCUCGUACAACAUCACCAUUACCACCAACAACCAUUCCACCUAGUCCUUCACCUUCUGUCAAUACUGCUCAAAUGGUAACAUCUCCAGUAUUAACUCAACAACAAAAGCAAGACAAUGAACGACCACGUACACUUAAAUCAAUAAAACGCUAUAAAAACAGUAAACAUUCAACGGAACCUUUAGGCGUUUUCUAUAGUCCACAAUUACGUAAAACAUUUGCUGCUGUGCCCGCAUCGGCAGUCAUUAAUGGAUCAAAUGAAACACCAACAAUUAUUAAAAUGAAAUUACCACCGUCUUCAUCGUUUCCUAGAGGACGUCAACAACAACAACAGACAGGAACUCUCAAACCUUGUCUUAAAUAUGCACCGCGAGCAAAUUCAUGUGAUAUUCAAGCAAUGUUACAAGAAAGAGCUUCACCGGCAGCUACAUUAACUGUUGCUCAGUCAAAAGAUGAUAGAGAUUCAAUAUCUCCUACAUCAAAACGUCGUUGUUCUGAAGCAGAUGUUUCAGGAAAUCCACCUGAUAACCAGUGGCCACUAGAUACUCAUACGGCUGGUUCAUCAAAUAAUAUAAAUGCCUAUGUUAUGCAAGAUUUAUCCCGUGAAAAUCGUUCUGAUUAUGAUCUAACAUCAUUGCAACAACAAAAUCAAACGAAAAAAAGUGUUAGCUUUUCAGACAAUAUUGCAAAACAACUUGUUGAACCAUGUAAUCCAGCCAUUAAAUUUGAUCCAUCGCCAGAAAUCGAAACAUUCGACGAUGAAAAUAUACCUAAUAAUGAUCAUCUUGCUAUAGCACUACACGGAAAUCAAGAAAAUCUAAAAAAAAAACCAACAUUACGUUAUGGUGAAAUGCGACGAUGUCAAACUGAUAUUAUUGUUGUCGAUCGUAUUCAUCAUUUACAUUCAUUUACGGAAAGUCCACCAAAUGAAUUUCGUUUCCAAGAUACUGAUACUCUUGUUCCAGACCAAGACGACGACAACAACGAUGAAGAUGAUCAAGCUAUUAUGGAAAAAACUCAUGUGAAUAUAAUACCAAAAGUCGAUGAAUCUCCAGUACUACCUCCAGUGAUCUCCAAUACUAAUGAGUCUAAUCCAGCAGUAGCAAAAAUUAUAUCUUCAAAGGACAAAGAAAAUAAAAUGCCUGAACAGUCAACAAUAAUGAAUGCAUCAACCGUAACAUUAAUACCAACAAAUGAUCCAAUGCUUGAUGGUCUUUUAGAAAGAAUUGGUAUCGUUGUAAAAGGUGUAUUUGAAAUAAAACGAUCGGAAAAAGCUUUUUUUCUUUCCAAUGAUAAUAAUAGUCGAUUGGAUGCAUUACUUAAAAAUGAUUUAUGUACAAUUCUUCAAAAUAUUCUUGAACAUGGUCUCAAACCACAACGAAAAGAUCUUCCAGUAGUUAAACAAAUGAAUCUAUGGAAAAUAAUCGAAACAUCUCUUGAACAUGGACCAGCUCUUCAAGUAUUUUAUGAUGCAAAACAAAAUGCUCAAAAUGCUUCAUUGUAUUGGCCUUACAAAUUUCAAGCAUUUAUCUUUGCAUUACUAAAUAAAAACGAACUCAUCAAUUGGCUUUAUCAUUUUAUGAAACAAAAAGAAGUUCUUCAACGUUAUUAUCAACUUCCGGAUGCACUGAUUUUGGCAUAUACUAUAGUUACAUUUAAUUUAUUUGAUCGUAUCAUGGGCCAAUUAGAAAAACUUUCUCCCCUUGCAUUCCGUUUAGUUUAUAAACCUGACCCUAUUCCAGUAAAUAUUGACGACCCGUUAACUACGUCUACGAUCAGUAUGCAUUCAACUAUAAACAGUGGAAGGGAUUGGCUUAUGACAUUAUCGAAACGUACAACAAAAAAUUUAACUCAACCUAUCGUUCAGCCAAAUACUACGGCUAGAACUAUUGCUCCUGCUAUUGCUGCUACUGCCACCACCACGACACAUGCGAAUGCUCAACCAGCCGAUACAUUACGAUCGACAUUAUCGCGUAAAUUAAAUUCUAUUUUUACAAGAACAAAUACAACGCAACCACAACGGAAAACAUCUUCUGCGGUCACUGCAAGAUUGCCAUCUUCGACACCGCAAACUGUACGAACACAACCGUCAUCGUCAGCAGCACUAGUAGCACGUCGACCACGUCUAUCGAAUGCAUUUGCUAAUACAUCAGCUGCAGCAACAACUAAUAAACCAGUUAUUGUUUCAAGUCCGAAAUUAAAUCAUGGAAAUCGAACAAAUAAUAUACGACGAGGUAUUUCACCAUCGGUUGUUGUGGCACCAUCACCUCCACCAGCAUUGAAUACAACUACUACUACUGCUGUUGCUCCUCCCCCUCCCUCUACUACUACUGUACCAUCAAGUACAACGGCAUUUCAGUCAAAAAUCCCACGUCCAUCAUUGAAUGUUGAUAAACCGAAAUCGGCUCGGUACCGAUCUACGGCAGUUCCACCCAAAUGA